AUGGAUAGGAAUGCUGUGCGCCGCAAAAAAUAUGCAGAAAUGCCGCCUCUGAAGAAAGCAGAGCUUCUGCGCUCUCGAAGGCAGGCUCGGGCCUCCAAGAAAGCUGGAAAAGCUCCAGCUCCUCGUGUUCGCAGGGUCCCAUUAGGAUAUGUUGAAACUGGUGUGUCAUUCCCAAAUGCUCAUCAUAUGCCAUGUCGUAGUGAGGAUCCUACGGCUGCUCAUUCUCAGCCGUUGGGGAAUACACAUGUUGUGUUUCCAGCUGAUGAUGACUUUGCGAUUAGAGAGGGAUUAGAUUUCAUGUCGUGUCAGUCCCCUGGUUCAUUUACUGGUCAUCCUAUCCCCUCCUUUGGACCACAACUCAGUGAUGACCCAGGUAGAGAGAAACAUAAGCACGUAUUCUCCCUUCCGCCUGAAAAUGAACAACCUGUUAACCUUUCACAUCCUGAAGUUAUGCUAGGCUUAUUUCCUUUGAAUUCAUCUCUUAAGAACUCUGAACAGUCGAUUCCAAAAGAAAAUGCUCCUGCGAGUCAUUCUUUCCCUGCUGGAAUCCCAGAUUCUCCUUUAGAACAACCUUGCGAAGGUACUGUCUUGCCUUACGAUAUACGCUGUGUUUGCAAACCUCCUGGUCUGUUUCGGCCAGACUCCAACUUUCCUGCUCACACAGAGGAGGUGUCCAGGUGUGAGCCAACAUCUGGUCACUUGAAGAAAAAAACCAGAAAAGUAGCUCCUUCUUCUGAUCCAUCUAUUGUUCGCUCCCGUUACAAAAAACGCACCGCCCCUGCAUCUGUAAACAACCCCAGCUCAGCGAAAAAACAAGCUCGUGCACAUUCAACCAUGUCUCGUCUUGCCAAUAUUCCCAAUGCAUCUCUGGUUCUGCCUCGUGUUCCUGAUUGUCAGCAUUGUGGAGCGAAAAGGUUCCAUUUGGAACCUCCUUCCUUUUGCUGCUCAGGAGGAGAGAUCUCUAUCGUUGCUCCUCCAAUGCCUUACGAUUUGAAACGCUUAUUCAUUGGCAACGAUGAAGAGAGUGCUCACUUUAGAACCAUUGUUCGCACUUAUAACAACAACCUUGGCUUCACAUCUUUUGCUGCAAAGUAUGACUCUGAAUUAACAAAAAACACAAAAGGUGUCUAUACCUUCCGUGUUCAAGGUCAGGUUUACCACUUUCUUGAUGGUCUCGUUCACUUAGGUGAUCGACCAUCUGGAAUCCAAUUAUAUUUUUUUGACACUGCUGAGGAAUUAACAAAGAGGCUUGGUAACUCAGAUAAACUACGCGAAAGCACUUUAAGACUGCUUAUGCGCGUACUUUCUGACAAUCCUUAUGCUCGGUUCUUUAAAGGCCUUAGGGAUGUUCCACACCUUGACAACCUGAACAUUAUCCUUAAUUGUUAUCCUUCACUUGACCAGCGAGUAUAUAACCUUCCCUCAGCCUCGCAAGUAGCAGCUAUAUGGACUGAAAGUGAAGAUCAGUCGUCCGAUAGGCGCGCUCAUAUUCAGGUUUAUUCUCGCUCGGCUGGUAGCCAUAGGAUUCAACAUUACUAUGGCUGUUACGACCCUUUACAGUACCCUCUCCUUUUCCCUCGUGGUGAGUGUGGCUGGCACCAUGGGAUUAAAAGGCUUUGCAAGAGGAAAAGAGGAGGGGACGCUUGUGAGAAUGAUAUUAACAUUGAUCCAACUUCAGUUAACUCCUCAUCGGAGUUAAUCGAUUUAGAACAAAGAGCUGCUGACCAAGGAAAAACAGAGGAAAGUACUGUAUCUGCUAGGGAGUACUACUGUUAUAGGUUCCAAAUAAGGGACGAUGAUGAGUCAAUGCUGCAUCGGCAAAACAAUAUACGUUCCGAAAUUCUGCAAGGGGUUCUUGACAGUGUUUCUGUUGGCCACACUGCUGCUUCUAAGGUUGGUCGUAAGGUCAUUCUUCCAGCUUCCUUUAUAGGUGGUCCGAGGGAUAUGAGGCGUCGUUACCUAGAUGCGAUGGCACUCGUACAGAAAUAUGGAAAACCAGACAUUUUUCUUACAAUGACGUGUAAUCCAGCAUGGAAAGAAAUUCAGGAAAAUUUGAAAUACCAUGAAAAACCUCAGGAUCGGCCAGACCUUCUCGCUAGAGUUUUUAGAGCCAAGUUUGAAAUGCUUAAAGCAGAAAUUCUGAAUAAGCAGAUCUUCGGCGAGGUUUCAGCAUGUGUUUACGUGAUUGAGUUUCAGAAACGCGGCUUUCCUCAUGCCCAUUUAUUAUUGAUCUUAAAACUUGGUCAUAAGCUGCUUAAUCCAGAGUCAUACGACAAAGUUGUUUGUGCUGAGUUGCCCGACAAAGAUAGAUAUCCUCACUUGUAUUCUCUUGUUGUGAAACAUAUGAUCCAUGGUCCUUGCGGAGCCAUGGAUACAUCUUGUCCUUGUAUGAGAGAUGGGACCUGCAAAAAUCGCUAUCCAAAGAGCUUUUGUUCUCAGACAACUCAUGGUGAGGAUACCUAUCCGUGUUAUAGGAGAAGAGAUAAUGGCAAAAGAGUGAAGGUUCGUAGAUUUACUCUUGAUAAUAGGUGGGUUGUGCCUUACAACCCUUACCUGCUUGCUUUAUUUGAUUGCCACAUCAAUGUCGAAAUUUGUUCUACUCUUAAGCUCGUGAAGUACUUGUAUAAGUAUGUUUUCAAAGGACACGAUCAAGUGAGCUUUAAGAUUAUUUCCUGUGCAUCAGCGGAUGCUAUUGAUGAAAUAAAAGACUUCCAGAAAGGUAGAUGGGUUUCACCUCCAGAAGCUUUUUGGCGCAUUUAUGAAUUUAAGCUGAGCGAAAUGACCCCUGCAGUUUACACCCUUCAGAUUCACCUUCCAGAUCAGCAAUUCAUUUCCUUUGACAAGAACUCUGACUUGCUGCAAUUGCUGAGUAAAAUUGACUUUUCAAAGACUAUGUUAACUCAGUUUUUUCGCAUGAACAAAACCAAUCCUAGAGCACAGAAUCUGAAAUGCUUGUACAGAAAUUUUCCUGAGCAUUUUGUUUGGUCUGAUAAAUAUAAAGAGUGGACUGAAAGAAAGCGUCGAAAGGUGAUUGGUCGCAUGGUCACUGUUAGUCCAAAGGAAGGAGAAAGAUAUUAUUUGCGGUUGCUAUUAACGCACAUUGCUGGCCCGACCUCUUUUGAAGACCUUUUGACUGUUAAUGCACAGAAAUUAGGUUCUUUUAGAGAAGCUGCUUUAGCUCUUGGCCUUCUACAAUCCGAUGCUUAUAUAGAGGAGACACUUCAGGAAGCGAUGGCAUUUCAAAUGCCAUCUUCAUUGAGGCUGUUGUUUGCCACUCUCCUUGUGUACUGUUCUCCAACAAAUCCUAAAUCGCUUUGGGAAAAAUUUGAACAUGACCUUUCUGCUGACUAUCAUCACCAGCAACCACUCCAUGGCUUUUCUUCAGCUGAAAUUAGACAGAAAGUUUUGCAAGCUAUUAACAGUUCACUUGAACAAAUGGGGAAAAACAUUACUGAUUUUCACUUUGUCUCUGACGAUUUUACAUGCAAUUAUACUGAACGAUUAACAAAGGAGAUUGAAAGUGAGAAAAGCUUAGCAGUGACACCUGAGGAUCUGCUUUUGCCUCAGAUGCUAAAUCCUGAGCAGAAACAUGCCUAUGAUCUAAUCCUAGCAGCAUGUUUUUCCUUAGAAGGCCAGGCUUUUUUUGUUGAUGGCCCCGGCGGCACCGGUAAAACGUUCCUGUAUCGGUCGCUUCUCGCGACCUUACGAUCACAGAACCAUAUUGCAAUUGCAGUGGCAACAUCUGGAAUUGCAGCAUCAAUCCUUCCUGGUGGAAGGACAGCUCACUCAAGAUUCAAGAUACCACUUGAUUUCCAGAAAGGUAAGAGUUGCCAGCUUAGUAAACAAAGUUCUGCUGCAAAACUCAUUUCAGAAUCUAAGCUUAUUUUGUGGGAUGAGGCUUCAAUGGCUAAACGGGACACAAUUGAAGCCUUCGACGAAUUGCUGAAGGAUUUAAUGGACUCAGAUUUACCUUUUGGAGGAAAGGUAAUAGUUUUUGGAGGAGAUUUUCGACAGACUCUUCCUGUGAUUGAACAAGCAACUAAACAAGUUCUCGUCCAGUCGACCUUUCCCAUGUCUCCUCUGUGGCCUAAACUGCAUAAAAUCCGACUCGUACAAAAUAUGCGAGCUAUGUUUGAUCCUGAAUUUUCACGAUUCCUUCUAAGAGUAGGAGAAGGAAGAGAACCUAUUGAUGAUGAGGGCGAAAUAACUUUAUCAUCAGAUAUAGUUAUUCCUUAUUACGAUAAAGAGAAAUCCUUAGACAGGUUACUAGAAAGUGUCUUUCCAGAUUUGAACACCUAUUCGCAAGAUCCUUAUAACCUAAUAAAUAGGUGCAUCCUUGCGCCUAAAAAUAGCUCAGUUGAUGAACUCAAUGAAAUAAUGAUUAGGAGAUUUCCUGGAAGCCUUCACACUUAUAUUAGCUCCGACAAGACUGUUGAUCAGCGGCACCAAGGUGACUACGAAGACUUCCUCAAUUCUCAAAAUCCUAAAGGUCUUCCUCCUCAUAAGUUGCUGUUGAAGGAAAACUGUCCACUGAUGCUUCUAAGAAAUCUAAAUCCAGCUGAAGGCCUUUGCAAUGGCACAAGGUUAAUAUGUAGGGAACUUGGCCAGCACACAAUUUCUGCUGAAAUUGUUUUUGGCCAUCAUCGAGGAAAAAGAGUUUUCGUUCCAAGGAUACCUCUUCAAACGCCCGACAAUGACAAGAAUGGGAUUCCAUUCAUAAGAACACAAUUUCCUGUCCGCCUUUGCUUCGCUUUAACUAUCAAUAAAUCGCAGGGCCAAACUCUUGACUACGUCGGCAUCUAUCUACGGGAACCAGUUUUUUCUCAUGGCCAGCUGUAUGUUGCUCUGUCCAGAGCUAAAACCGCUGCCAAAGUUAAAGUUCUUCUUGUUCCUGGAACAUUUGAUGACACAAAAGUAGAUUGCAAAACUCGAAAUGUUUGA